GUCUCGCCCAAUUCUGUACUCGCGCUUUCUGGAUUUUCAACUGCGACCAUCGCUAGUCCGAAUUCUGAGGUCGAACUGAACAUUUCACUCGCAAGAUAUCACGAUGAAAGUACUCCUGUUGAUCAGCUUUAUGGUUCUUCCCCUCGUCCUAGGAGACAAUGUCAAGUGUUAUGAGAGUCUCGAUUGUAAACCCCCGUGCAACGCUCUACCCAAGAGAGAAGUCAUCUGCACCGCUCAAUGCUUGAAGAUUGACUUCGAAAUGUCUGAUAAAAGUAUAGCUACUGCUCGCAAGUGUGGUGCAGCUUACUUGGGGAAUCAAGGUCCAACAUUUUCGCUGUUUAAUUUAACGUCAUAUGCACCAGGAGCGAAGGCCAUACCAGAAAUAACCGCUGGUCAUGUGUACCUGUGCAAGAAAAAUCUGUGCAAUGGAGCGGAGUCGAUUGUGUCAACAUCUUUAUUGAUGACCUUCCUUACCAUGAUUCUAGUUGGAGUGAAUCAAAAUGCAUUUUGAUGAUUUAUGUGUUGCAUAUACUGAAAAAUUGUAUCGGAAAUUAAUUAAAUCGAUGUAAGUUGCGAAGGGGCGCGAGGUGGGCUUUGAAUAUUUUAAAAUAUGCGAGGGUUUGCGCAGUUUUUGAAUAUCAAUUUGUACUUCUUUGUCGGCAAUAUUAAAAAUAAAAAUCGAAUUGUUAUUUUAACUCCCAUUUGUGAAUAAUUUCAGAGAAAUUGGACAAAAUUUUUUUUGGGAAAAUCAUUUUGCCGCGAUAAAUAGUUUUUGUGAGAAUUUAAUCAGAAAAAAUGCUGCGGGAGGAGUUUGAGGAUAUUUUGUAAUAACUAAUUUGAAUAGCUUGUAAGAACUAAUGAAAAUUCAUCAGUUUUGAUCGAUUUUUGAAUAAUUACGUCAAUUCACUGGAAUGCAAUUUCUGGUGCAACCACUUGCAGCACUGCUCAGUUAUUUUAGCCCCAUAGAAUUCGGGAAUUCAACCAAAUCAAAUCAAGGAAGGUAUUUCGAACAUUUUGGAUAUUUUGUAACCAAUUACACAAAGGGGAAUAUUUAAUGAAAACUGUGUAACUGUUUUCGUAAUCUGUAAAUGGUUGCGAUUUAUAAUUAAUUUUCAUAGAAACGAAGAGAAUAAAUUCUCGAAUGGGCAGUAAAUUUCCGAAGAAGAUCCGUAAUUUUUCUGAGAAUAGUAAAAUUCAACUAAAAAUUCCAGAAUUAUUGUGGCGUAGAAAAAAAUUUUGACGCUGAAUUAUUCCUAUUGAACUGAGGCGUUCUUUUUACAUUUUGCGAUACGUAAAUGACGACAAAUUUAUGAGCUUAUAAAAUAUGGAAUUUCUAAAGGUUGAACUUCUUCAAAUUUUUAUCGAUACUAUAGGUGGCAAUUUUAUUUACAAAAAUUGUGGUGCUAUCAUGAGAAAAAAGGCGCAAUGUUGCGGUCAAACAUAAGUUGUGAAAAUUUAACUGAAAUCCGCAGAAAUUUUAUGUCAAUAGCAUUAAAAUUUUUAACAGCUCGUGAUUGUAUUUUAUUCAAAACACGAAAUAGAAUUUUUCUAGAAAAGUUUUUGCUGCGCAGUUCAAUAAAAGCGUUUCAGUGAAGGUAUCGGAAGUUUUUUGAGAGUGUGCUAUCUAUAACAGGAGUGCAAAUCAAUGGGUUGGUGUGAUAAUCUACCUCUCCAAAGAGAUAAAGAGCAUGCGUUGCUCUAUUGAUUUUUUACUUAGACCGAUUGAGUGAACGAGCAACAAGUGAUUGCGCGGAGAGAAAAAUUCUUUAAAAAUUAAAUGCCUGUUUCGUAAUCUGCCAGUCAAAAUAGUAUUCAGUAAAAAUGACGGAACAGUUACGGAUUUUUUUUACUGAACGUUCGAUAUUUUUUUUGGAACGUUUUAGAAUUUUUACGGACAGCCGUCUGAGGGAGUGCAUAACUAUUCAGUAAUUUUUACCGAAUAUUGUUUUGACUGGUCAAUUACGGAACAGGAAUAUAAUUUUUCCAGAAAUUUUUUCUCCAUUCGGUUGCUGCAAUCCGCUGUUUUACUGCGCCGUCUGAACUUCAUUUUCUUCCGAUUUGCGACCGCCUCGUUAUUCUGUUCUGUUGAAUAACUUCGUAGCAUUCAAUGAAGUGCGAACCAGCUUGCAACCGCAAUUUCUUCAGUACAGUUUUGGGAAUCUCCCUAAAAGGUAAUUAACAUUGGCCCUCAGUCCUUCGCAUACCAGAAGAAAUCAUGAAACUUGAACUGUUUCUUGGAGUUGUAUCGGUGCUCAUCACAUUAGGUCAGACUUUAAUGUGUUAUCAUUCCCUGGAAUACAAUGUGAAGACGAGUAAAACAGAAAUCUCAUGCGAAAACGGAUGUGAAACGGCAAUGGCUUCAACAGCGAGUUGCCAGAGGAAAUUGAGUCCUUCAGUGUCGCUUGGAAACUCGAAGAGUCAGGAUCUCCACAUUCUUAUCACUUAUCAAGCACUCAUGAAGGUUCUACUGUCCAUUGGUGUCGUUCUGCUGUCCCUCGCGCUUGGUCAAGCGGGGAGAUGCUACUUUGCAGUUGAAUCCAAGUACAUGAAUACAGCUAGAUUUGAAAUACCCUGCGGUUCACAAUGCGGAAAGUCAUCAGCAGUACUGCCCGAUGGCAGUGAAAUGAUCGUACGUGCGUGUGCUGAGACUUUUAAUGACAUGUCAUCGCCAGAUGUUCUGAAUAGUCUACCAGCACAGCAGAGAUUGAAUUUACAAGGUGUUCACUUUGGUGAAGUACACAUGUGCAGUAGAGAUCUUUGCAAUGGGGCACCAUCAGCCUUAUCUGCAUCCCUACUGUCACUAAUCAUCGGAAUCAUCGUUGCCAUUAUCACGAUUAAUUGAAAUUAUUUGUUGACAAAUAAUAUUUUGUGCGUGGCUUAUUGUUGAAUCUGCCAAGGUGUCUAUCGGGCGCUAAUUUCUAAGUGUACUUCUAAUAGCAAUGUGAUAUUAAGUGCGACACCCAAAGUUCUCGCUGGGAUUUACGAAUUGCCUUUUAAGGAUGUUAAGCAAUAAUUUUGGGGUAAUACGAGGUUUUGCCAUUAAAGAUCAAUAAUAUUUCUGUAGAUCUAUAUAUUUUCAAUAUAUUCAUCUAAUGAUAAA